UAAAUAUAAUUUAGUUUUCCUUUUUUUAUUUUUCCCUUUAGUUUUAUAUUAUCUUGCCUAUUUAGUUGUUUGUAAUCAAUUUUAAUCUUAAUUUCCUGAAUAUUUCUCAAUACAUUUUCUGUAGCAUGAAUGAGGAAGCAAUAACUACAUUACCUUGUGCAAUCCUGCAUUUUAUACUGACAGUCAGACCAUAAAUCCUUGAAUAUGUGCAUUCAGCCAAUACAAUAAUACAAUGAAUAUUAUUUUCAUAAAAGAUUAAACUUACAUACAUAUAGGCAAGUGACAUAGUAGUUUGAAAAAACAACCAACACAAGGCUUUUUUCCUGGAGUUUUCAACUGCAUCUGUCUGAGCACAGUCCAUGAGGUGCAGCUGAUAGCUCUAGAGAAAAACUAACAAGUAGACCCUGUGUGUUUUUAUGUGGAUCACUGCAUCACAUUCAGGCUAUUCACUUAGUUCAGUAUAUUCAAAUUCCAGGGUGUGAAUUGAUCAGUGGAGAGGAUAAACCAAAUGUGAUGCUACACAGUGAAGCUGCUGCAACACUGUGUUCUUGUUUCAGGAAUGACAGACAGCUGAAACAACUUUUUGGUGACAUGGUAUUUCUGUCAGCUCCCUCCUGAUCACUUUUAACAGCGCAAAACAUCCCGCAAACCAGAACUUUCCAGUUUUUCCUAAUUCAUACAAACCUUCUUGUAUCAGAGAGUUUUCUUUCAGAAUCAAUAAUAUCUUACCAUUUUAAUUUACACACAGUACCAGAGAGUAGCAUCAAAACUUUAGCCUCUUAUAUUAGCAUUACAAAGUAUAAUUUAAGAAGUAAAAUAAAUGUCCCUUUAUAAGUUGAGUGAGGUGCUUUCAACAAGAUAAGUGUUAUUUUUGUGAUUUUAUAAAUUGUUAUGACAUUGAUCAAUUUUCAUAAUACGUUUUAUGUUUGCUAGAUAUUUCAAGAGUUAUGACAUUAACAUUAAACACUGAUAUCCUCACUACCAAAGUUGGAAGACCAAGUUAUUAUUAAUGAGGAUUCCCUCUCAUAUCAGAAUAAAUAAUUAACCCUGGUUAUCAGCAUCAACGACCUUAGUUAAAAGCAGCAAACCUUUUAGUGUUUUAUGUUUGUUUUACUUUGUUGAGAGGAGAUUAAGUCAUGUAGAGUCAAAGAAUGUUGCUUUUUAUAAUUUAGGUUACGUCAUAUCCUGCAGAGUGCCGGUAAACCCUGUUGGCCCCCGUCUGGGGGCCCGGCCAUUUGUUUCCUGGCAAACGACAUUGAGAAAUUCCCCGCUCGUGAGGGAGGCACAACCUUUUUCAUUAAUAUGGUCAUCCAGCCCUGAGCUGUUCCUGUCCCUCACCAUCUUUUCACAUCCAUUCAUUGUGAUGCGUUCACGCGCUAUGGAAAAUAUUAGGCAAUGCAACGUAGCUGUAUAAUGGAACUCGAAAACCAGGUUUUAAUCGGUGAGUCAAUUGUUGCUUAAUCGAGACACUCAGACAGGUUAGGUGAAGGCUGGACACAGUCUGCGUAGAAGUAAUUUUGACCGAUAUUGACGCAAACACCAGCAGCAUUUUGUACCGAUAGUGAAACUAACAUACUACACGUGAAGGCAGCACAGACCCCACAGCAGUUAACCAGCAACGGGUCAGUUUAAAAUAAAGAGAAACUGAAAGCAGCCACAGCAUCAUGUUGCAUCAUCGACAGCCUGAUGCCAAACCUUAUGCGCUCAAAAGCCACCAGACACACCGGCUGAGCGCUUCACUCCGAGUUACACAUUUACAGAGACAACACGUCAUAAAGCACCAGACAUUAGUCCGCACUGUUUAGCAGCAGCCUGUCACCCCGAGUCUUUCAAAUUGUACUCCAAGCUGCAGAGCGGCGCCGAGUGUGCGUCAACUACAGUUUGCAUGGCAGCGGUUUCACUCACGGGCGCACAGCUCGGAUGAUCCGGCGACGGUAGCCACAUCCUGCCGGUGGACACAGCCAACCGGCCAGCGAGUCAGCUGCAGGACGGAGGAAGACAUGUCCCCGUUAUUCAUGGACACCGGGUACAACAGCCCUGUCACAGUGUCAGAUGAGGGGAGCAACUCCGCUGGACUGAAUAGGUCAGUCACCUCGGGGUGUCCUGCUGCUGAUGAAACACAUAUGCUGUGAUGGCAAUGUUCAAUUCCAGCCCUGGAUAUUUAUAGCACCUCACCCCAUGCAGCAUGGUAAAGCCUGGCAGCAUCCACCCAUCCUCUAUUAUGGGCGAAGAAAAGGAGAGAGAAGAGGGGCAACAGAUGGGAGGCAAAGGGAGAAAAAGACAAGAGAAGAACAGAGACGCUGCGAGGAAGAGCCGCAGAAAACAAACAGAGAGAGCGGACGAACUUCACGAGGAGCUCCAGGACCUGGAGCGAUCCAAUUCAGCCCUUAAAAAGGAGAUUGCUGCGUUGAAAAAGGACCUCCACCUCUACACGACAGCUUUGGAGCGCCACGAGCCUCUCUGUCACCUAAAAGCUUCUGCAUCCAGCUCCAGCCCAACAACCUGCCCCUCAGUUUCUCCCUCGGCAGACCGUCAGGCUGGCCCCAGUCCUCCUCCUCCCCGAGCCUCAGGCUCAACUUUGGCUCCUGCCCCUUCACUCUCUACCUCCCUAACCUCCAUCCUGGGGAUUCAAACCCGUGACUGUGUUGAAAGUAAACACCUCUCAUCUUCAACUCCUCCAACGACUGCAACGUUAGCCUCACCCAUCAGCUCAUCUGCUGAACACUUUACUUCCUCUAGCUCUGUAACUUCUCCUUACUCUGGCUCUUUCUCUGCAGUUCCAGCUCCUCACUCUUUGUUUAGCGAAUCUCUAAUCACGCCGAGGCCAGCAAAUGUUUGGCCUGUCUGCACAAGCCUUGUGUCAAACCCUGUACCCUCCAGCUCUCUUACCACAGCUGCUCAGCUUCAAUCUAGGCAAGGCCCAAUCCAUGAAAGCUCCUCAAUGUCCGCCACUGCUUCUUUCCCUCCACUUCAUCCUGGUGCACUGGAUGCCUUUCUAAUGAAGCAAGACUCUUUUCUAACUGCGCCAUCUAAUGUAGUACCCCCUUACUCUCAUUCAGCUGUACAAGGUGGAGGUCUAGUAGCGCAGGGUUGCUCCAUGAAUGUGCCCCAGCUUAAUCCAAGUCAGUUCAGCAGAAAUCUAAUCAAUUCAAGUGCGUCUCUUUUACCCCCUGCUCUUCGAGAUCCUCCUCUUCACCCCCCCUUAGCGCCGACACCUACCUCUGCUUUUGCCUUAAAGCCACGUUCUGGUCAACAAGUCACUGUCAAUCCUGCAUCUCUGCUCUCCCUGCUCACUGUCCCGAGUCCCCUUAACGUGCCUCAGACUACCUCCAGCAGCUAUGACAGACCUCUCUCUCAACCUCAGCCCCCGCUACCAACGUUAGAGGAGCCCUCAAGAGAUCUUUCCCUUUCUGAGUUCCUGGAAGUCAAUGAUUGGAUACUAAGUGGGACUAGUUAUGAGUAGCACUACAUAGCAAAGGAAGACCAGUUUCCUUUAAUUUAUAUAUUUCUAUAUUUUGUGCAAGUUUAAUCAAAGUCUCCUGAGCAGCUAUAGCAAUAAUUGUAAAAUACAAGAAGACAGGUUUAACUAUGAAAAACCUGACAUCACAUUAUGACAUAAGGGCCAAACCAAUGUCCAAGCUGUUUAUAUUCAGCUUUCUGCUUCAUAAAAGGACACUCUUUUGAUUUAGUAUUGAGUUGGGGGAUUCACAAGAGCCAGGUUAAAGAAACAAUGGUCAAAGCCAAUGCAGUAGAAGUGGAGAUAUCCCAACUUUUAGUUCCUAGUAUGGGUCAAGCUCCAAAAACACUAGAUCCUGCAGUGCAACUAAUAGCAUCUUUUGCAAGCAUCCUGUUCUAAAUUGUAACCUCCAACCCCAAGCAGAAAAACCCUGAUGACAUCACUAUAUCAUCACUGGGGAUAUUUUCUCAGCUGUCUCAGUCCUUCUCCAGAACCACAGAAGGCAUUAAACAACUGUUUUCACAGGCUGAGUAGUCCUCCGCAUGAUGAGUUACCCAACCGUCAUGACAGAAAUUGUUGCAGUUUCCCUUUAACAACAGCAAAUAAUGCUUAGCCUCGGUUUUUGGAGACUGGGGUCUGACUUAGCUGGAUAACUCUGUACAACAAAUGAGCUUCUUGUGAGUCCAUAGUUUACAAGCUCCUAUACGUAAAGAAACAUUAACCAUACAGUAAAAUCCAGCGGCGUCAUGCUUGACAGUUUCUGAGAAAUCUUUUAGGUAGGCGUCAUCCCUUCCUUUAUCCACAGACAGGACACAGAAAAACUGACUCAACAUUCGAAACUUUGACUUGUAAUUUUAGAUGGGGUGGAGUGCUCACUUCCUUGCAACUUAAUGGAAGUGUGUUUAGGAGAAAUUUCCAUCUGUGGCAGGGGCCACGUAAAUGUAAGAGGUGCCAAAGUUAACCACACAGGCCGGGCGCGCCUGGCUGCAUAUGAGUUAUGAUUUAACACGAGGAAAGUUUAUUCUGUCUUUUUUAUUUGCACCUCUUUAAAAUACAUAAUCAAACUGUCUUCACAGUCUAACAUAUUUUGCUGCUACUGAUCAUUUAAAUCAGUCUAUUUGCUGAUUGUUAUUUUUUUAAGCUACAGUUAUUUAUUUUUUUACAUUUCAGAUGAUACAGUAGAUGUACUUUCAUUUUCACUUUAAAUACCAGAGUUGCAUUAUUUUUAUUUACCGUAAUUAUGCUGAUUCCUUAUUAAUUAAAGUGUUUUGCCAGGCUUUGCUUACAAGAGUGGAUCCACAAUAAAACAAAGUGGGCACCUGCCCAGGACCCCCAAACCCUCAAGGGC